GUCUAAUAUAACGAUAGAGUCUAGUAUGUGCAACUACUCAUUCAUUUUUACUCAUAAUACCAUUGCAUGUGAAUUUAUGAAUGUGUUUAAAAUACACUAACCUCUUAAAUCAAACAAUACUGUUUGCAGGACAUGUUCAUUGCAGGAAGCGAGACUUCAUCAACAGCAGUGGAAUGGACGAUGUCGGAGCUGGUUAGAGACGAGAGAGUGAUGAAGAAGGCACAAGCAGAGGUUAGGGCAGUGUUUGGGAAGAGAGGGAAAAUUGAGGAAACAGGAAUCGAUGAAUUGAAUUGCCUGAAGAUGGUUAUCAAAGAAAGCCUGAGGCUGCACCCUCCUCUGCCUCUACUGAUUCCAAGAGAGUCCCUGGAGCAAUGCAAGAUGGAAGGAUUUCACAUCCCGGCUAAGACCAAGGUGAUAGUGAAUGCAUGGGCUAUUGGGAGGGAUCCGAAGUACAGGAGUGAACCGGAGAGAUUUUACCCCGAAAGGUUCAUGGAUGGCAGCAGUGUCGAUUACAAGGGGAAUGAUUUUGAGUUCAUCCAGUUUGGCGUUGGAAGAAGGAUCUGUCCUGGGAUAUCAUUUGGUGUAACCAAUGUGGAGAUUGCGCUUGCUAAUUUGCUGUUACACUUUUUGAUUGGAAGCUCCCUGAAGGGAUGAAGCCUGAAAGUCUCGACAUGAGUGAACUCUUCGGAGCUACGGUGAGGAGGAAAAAUGAUCUGCACUUGAUUCCAACAGUUUGGCAGGCAUAAUCCCUUUUCUGCUGCAGAUAAUCAGAAUGAUCAAACACUAGUAGGGUAGCAAGAUGUUUUAUGUAGAAAUAAAAAAAUCAGAUGAAGCAGCAAUAAGAAUGAGAGUCUAGGCUGAUGGUGAAUGAUGGUUAUAAGGCAUGCUGCUUAGAUGAUAUCCUACUAUAUCAGUUGUACCUUCCCAUCUGUUUUUUAUUUAGUUUAAAUGUACUGGUAAACUGAAGAACUUUGUCAAACCAAAAUGAACUAAUGAACCUUGCCAUUCUGAACAAUUUGUUUGCACGAUAUGAACUAGGAGUGAAAUGGCGGAUAAAUAAUAUAAUGAUGAAAAGAGAAUAAUUAUUAGAUCCAUGCGUUUUGAUGAAAGAAUUGAAAAAUGUGAUAUUCAAAUACAAAUUCUCGUAAAUAUAAAAUUUUAGCAUAAAAAAUAAACCUGAAAGUUAUAA